CUAAUGUAUCCGUUUUUGGUUAAAUCUAUUGAGAGUGUAUUCGAACAAUCAUUAAUGAUCAUUAGCCGCUUGCGCGAAAGCUCGCGCAAGCGUAAGCGCAUCAGCGCUGUCAAACUAAUAAAAGUAAAUAAACCAGGCCAAGAGGCUCUCUUACUUUACAACAAACCAACCAGUUAAGACGUGCCUUGAGAAGUCCGAAGAAAACCCUUUUUUAAAAGUAAUCCGUGAAAGUUUUAGGAAGUUCCGUGGAGUUUAGUGGUGGCCGAAUCUAGAACAGUGAACCGGGGAUAUUUGUCCUGGACGACCAAAUUGAAAAGUGGCGACGAGGUGAAAGUCUGCGGCGGAGAAUUUUCGUCGUAGGAUUGCGUGAAUCAGUGGGCGGACAUCAUUCCAGCCAAAGCAACUUUUCGACCACCCCAAGCAGCCGGAGAGGUUCGACCGGAACGGAAAUCGGUGGACACCGUUGCUGCAAAGUAGGUAAAAGUGCACCGUGAGUGAAAAAUAUUGAGAAAGUGGUUUUUUAGUGGUUUUUCACAUCGCCAAAACGCCAUUUGCACAUUAGGCAGGUUUCGGGCGCACAAUUGAACAGACAAAUUGCUUUGAGUGUAUUCUUUUACUUGGUUAAUUCUUUGCAGUGAGCACAAUCAAUUCUGUUCAAUCAAAUAAAACUGUUCUUUUCUUUUAUCGGAAGAGUAGGCAUUUCUGCAUCAGGAUUGUGCGUGGUGAAUCGGCAGAAACAAUUUGCCGGGAAGUUUCCGAGUGCUUUCCGCCGAGUGGCGAGUGUUUGCUGCUGGACAUCCGAUUCGGUUUUUGACGGUUUUCACCGGGUGACGACCGCUUUGGGCAUCCUUCCCGCCGGACGGCAACUGGUGCUGGCCAUUUGGAAUCGUUGUGAGUGAGGUACCGAUCGGGUGAGUAAUUUUUCAUUGAUUUCUGUUUGGAAACGAACGUUAGACCGGUCCAAUUUGCAGUUGUGAUUUUUUUUGUGUGAAAUUUUGGAAAUUUUAUUUUUGAAUAUUUUUGCUCAGUUUUUGGCAGAUUAGACCGGUUCAUUUUGUAAAAGCAUAUAUUUUGUGAAGUUUUUGUAAUUUUUUUUAAAUAAAUUUUUUGGUGUUGCUUAGAUUUUUUGCAAUUAUGGCCUACGUUGUGGCACCCAACAUUGAACCCUACCGGAAGGGUCAAUCAUUUGCAACUUGGGUCCGUCGGUUGACCUUCCAUUUUCGUGUGAACAAGGUCGGCGAAAACGAAAAGAAGGACCAAAUGUUCAUGUUGGGCGGAGAUUAUCUGUUCAACAUGGCAGAAAAACUUUACCCGACGGAGGCGCUAUUGGAUGCAGUGUCCUAUGAGGUGUUAAUUCAAAAACUCAAGGAACGUCUCGAUAGGACUGAUUCCGUUUUACUUCAGAGGUAUCAUUUUGGUUCGAAGGUCCAACAGGCCGGUGAAUCGGCAAGUGACUUCAUUUUUACUUUAAAACUCCAAGCUGAACAUUGCGAGUUCGGCGACCAGAAGAAUAGGCUUAUUUUGGACCGUCUUCUGGUUGGCUUGUCCGAUACUAAGCUAAAGCAUCGCCUACUAACGGAGGACAGCGCCAAGUUAACUUUAGAACAGGCCGAAAAAAUUGUCGCAACAUGGGAAAUGGCGGCAACCCACACAAAGGCAUUGGCGAACAAUGAGGAUGUCGGCCUAGUAGCUGCCAUGGAUACCAGAUACCCUCUAACUGGAGGCAGAGGAACAGUGCUUCAGCGAAUCAGGGAUGCAGCCCAAGGUUUCCGCGGUCCGGUGAAAAGUCGGCUUGGUGCUCGACCGGAAAUUCGUCCGGCCGAGGAUCGUCAGCAGAAUUCCCUAGUGCGCUUCCAAACGCAGCAUUCCAGGCACCGGGAUUCUUCUGCAGGUCCCUCUAAUCGGAGAUUCCAGCGGUGCAGUGAACAAUGGCCGGUGGAUCAGCGUUACUGUGACUACUGCAAACGCAGGGGACAUGUACGCAGGAAGUGCUAUAAGCUGAAGAACGGGAGGAACAAUGAGGUCAACCAUGUCGACACCCAGGAUGCGAACAGCAGCGCGGGUAGCCUGAGCCAGCUCGCCGAGCGUUUAGACCGGAUAAGGUCUGACUGGGAUUCGGAUGGAAAUGAUUCAGAUCAUGGUUGGAAACGAGGCGACUACUACCGCGCAUCCAACUCAAAUUCGGCUCAUUAAGGACGGACGCGAAGCAGGCCAGCCAAGACGAUCGAUGCGAGUGCUCGAGACUGGUCGGUCGAUGCCGGCUACAGCAGAACCCGAGAGAGCAACCGUUGCGGAAACCGAUAUCCGGCAAAUACCGGAUCUGAGUGAUUGUGAACAGAGAAGAAAUUAUAGUGAUGAAAUAGUAGAUCGUAUGAGCAGGAAAAGAAAAUAUCCGUCGGAAUCGGUAGAGCUCACUGGCCUACCCCGGCGAUCGAAACGAAGUAGGAAAGCGAAAAUAGAAAAUGAAUUCGAGUAUUAUUAAAUGUAGUUUUUUGACUGUUGAAUUAAUGUUCAAUCUUUUUAUAAGGAGGAAGAGCUAAUGUAUCCGUUUUUGGUUAAAUCUAUUGAGAGUGUAUUCGAACAAUCAUUAAUGAUCAUUAGCCGCUUGCGCGAAAGCUCGCGCAAGCGUAAGCGCAUCAGCGCUGUCAAACUAAUAAAAGUAAAUAAACCAGGCCAAGAGGCUCUCUUACUUUACAACAAACCAACCAGUUAAGACGUGCCUUGAGAAGUCCGAAGAAAACCCUUUUUUAAAAGUAAUCCGUGAAAGUUUUAGGAAGUUCCGUGGAGUUUAGUGGUGGCCGAAUCUAGAACAGUGAACCGGGGAUAUUUGUCCUGGACGACCAAAUUG